CACCACCACUUCCGCGUCUGUCUAGCACUCACCCCACCGUCUCAAUGCCUCCAAGAAUACCAGUACGCUUUCCGUGGCCAUCAAAAUCCUCUCUUACGUCCCUCAAUUCCUCUCUCUGCCUCCGCACCUUCACCUCAACACCCCCCUCCUACGCCCUCGGCCCCGAAUCCCCAAACUAUAUCGAAGUUCCCAAGCCCGUCCAGCCCACCUUCCCCCCAAAUCCCAUUGUAAAAGGCGUACUACCCGUCCCCCGCAGUGUCUUCAAGAACCGCGGCCCCCACCCCAAAGACACGGCAGACUUCAUCUCCCAAACAACCCCCGACGCACUGCCUCACAACGUCCCCCGCGCUGGCAAACACAACAAACUGCGCGACUACGUAACGUACAAACGUCGACUGGCUGAGUCCCGAAAACAAGCUUUGCGAGAUGGCGUGGCGCAAUUGCACGAGCGCAAGACCACAACAGAGCGGCUGCACCUCGCUGCAUGGAACAAAAUGCAGGCGGAGAAUCGUGCAUUGGCGAUGGCCCCCCCGCGCCACACAGAUGUUUUGACAGCUACAACUGUCUCGAAAACUCUCCAGGACUACUUGCACAACAAGUUGCCUUCCACGUCUCGCACGAAGAUUGUCGAAAGUCGGAGACCCGCCUUCCAGCGGCGGAUGGAGCAACAUGCGGCUGUGCGGAGGGCGCGCUUGCAUGAUUUGUAUACUAAUGCAAGGGAGUUUAUUGUGGAUGAGGAGAGGCUAGAUGAGGCGAUUGAGAAGGCGUUUGGCACAGAAGAAGAGCCAAUGCGAUGGGAUAAUGAGGGACGAAUGUGGAAGGGGGCUGAAGGGUUGAAUCCUUGGCAUGGGCCUAUGCCGGAUGGUACGAGUGAUAUGUUGCAGAGGUUGAAGACAGGUGAGGGUGUGGGGUUAGCAAGGGAGAGGGUGAAAAAGGUCGCGGAGGUACUGACGGGUGGGAAAAUGUAAGGCGGGUGUUCGGAGAUGGGUGUAGACGGUUCAGGGGAAGAGCAUGUGUAUGAUAGAAGGAGAGUUUGGG